AUGGAAGACCCUGAAGACCCCGAAAAGCGUCAGAUUACGGUACUGGCUCAAAGCGCGGUCAUCGCUUUGCAAAAGUGCCUCCAAGUCUCGGGAUCUUUCUCCCACUUGGCUGAAGCUCAGCUCGCGCGCUUUAACCUGUGGGCUACCAAUAUAGGUGUUUUCGCCAGAUAUAAAGCAUCCUUGGAGUAUCGACUGAGGGACAGCCCAGACGUUCAGAGAAUCAUCAUCAACCUGCUCGAGAUUUUGGCUCUAUAUGCCGGUCAGGCUCUUCGUACCGAGUUGGAGGGAUCUAGCUCCAAUAAUGACGAAGCAAGACGCUCAGAAAUAUCGACUAAGUGUGAGGCCACUACUCCGGGACGCGACAUCAGUAACACAACGCCUUGCUAUCCAGGUUUUCAAAUUCAACCUCUGAAAAACUUGUCCAUCGUGCCGGCAUAUCAAGCCGUGGAGGACACCAUCACUCGUCUUCACCACCUUUCAAUUGCAAUACGUAAUGCUGGAGUUAGAAAUCCUUAUUCGCGCAUCACUCGUUUGAUUAUCCUUGACGAAGAUGGCAAUGAUAUCAACCAAGCCUUUGAAUCCUUCAUAUCCCAGGUGCUGAAACUCCGACACUCUCGCUUGUCGGAAGCCUUGCGAUCUCGGCUUGCGGAUGCUAUUUGCUUUCGACGACGUCGGUUUCUGUACAACAAGCCGUCGCCAAAGAAGUAUCAAGGUGGCUUCGUCGCCCCGGUUCUGCCAAGUGGCCGGGGGGUCUACCACAUACCGACCCCACCAGCCAGCCGGAAGCGACCCUCAAUACCAGAUGCUCCGCUUCCUUCGCCAGCACGAGCCCCUACGACUCGAACGGCGUCUACCUUUUAUCCUCAACGGUUUCAGUACCCACGCUCAUCGGAACCGUCUGUGGUGUCUACAGCAACACCGAGUUCUCACAUUCCACGAAUGAAUGAACACAUUCCCAAGCCCCCAUCGGUAGCUUCCGGACAGAAAGAGGCGCAAUGCCCAUACUGUCCUUUUGUCAUCAACAUCAAGUAUCUGACUGGCACUCGAUGGAUAAAGCACUUUCAGGAUGACCUGGAGCCGUACAUCUGUCUCUUCGAAGACUGUACGAGCCCUCGUGAGCUGUUCUCUUCCGCUGAGCAAUGGCUGGCGCACAUGAAAGCCCAUCCAGCACCAUCGACGGAAUGGAUCUGCUCAAUGCGCCAUGCAUCGUCAGAUCGGACAGUAAUGAAGAGUGCCGAGGAGUUCGCGAUUCAUGUCAGAGAAAUGCAUUCUGGACGUUUCACCGAUAUGCAGAUCAAGAAGCUUCAGAUCCGAGCCGCGCGACCCGGUCCCGUGUUUCCCAGUUGUCCAUUUUGUGACUGGUUGGAGCAUCCGGAUCCCGAAAAGCCAAAAGUCUCUGGUGGACCGACACCUAUGGAGGAACACAUUGCUGACCACCUGUUCGACUUGGCCCUUUUGUCGCUUCCGCCGAUACAGAAUAACGAGAACAGCGACGAAGAAGUAAGGGACAGUCUGGCGAAUAUAUCGAUCGUUAGUGGCGACCGCCACAGUGCGCUGUCGCAGAAUUUAUCGGGCCUUGAAUUCAGCAGCUACCGGAGCCCCUCACCCGCUAAUGAAGCUAUGUAUACAUCUAAACAUAGUCACAUCUCUCCUGUUCCCAGUGUUGAUGCUCUCAGCUAUCAACCUGAUUCGCCUCAUCCCCGGAAUAGUUCGUCUCCAUUUGACCAGAGUCCGAGACCUCUUCCCACAAGCGACGAUCCAAAUUCUCAAAAUCCUUCCAGGUGCAGAUGGCAUGAUUGCUUUUACUCCUGCACAUGGGGCUCUCAGGGUACCCUGCUCAAACACAUAAAAGACGAGCAUGUCGCACACCUUGGAUUCCGCUGUCCGCUAGAAGGAUGUAGUACAUCAUACAGUUUGCAGGAAGAUCUGAUGCACCAUAUCAAAGUCACCCACGGUGGGCUAGUUGUGGAUAAUGCCGAAGUCGAUCCGUUUGAAGUUGUCGAGGAGCUGGAACAGAAAGCUCUGCAAACAUCGGGGCAACCGCUCAUAUGCAGGUGGGAUGAUUGUCCACAGCGCGAACCUUUCUUUUCAUCGCACUCCUUGCUUUUCCACAUCGACCGCGACCACGUCGUGCCCGAGAAUGGUGACUAUUCUGGGAGCAUUCGUGAUUUGGAUCCGUCAUUGAUGUCCGCUCCCAAAAACCCCAAGGACUAUGACGCCGUCUUCAAUGACCAUUUCGAAAUCGAGCCCCCACGAAGAGAGAAUUCUGUGGAAGAAUUGCCGGGGCAGGAGUCGGAAGUGAUCAAAUGCAUCUGCGGCCUCAGCCACGAUGACGGUCAGACAAUAUACUGCGAAAGAUGCUAUACAUGGCAACACAUCGUGUGCUACUACGGCGAUAAUCUAUUCCCGGACGAGCAUAUGUGCGGAGACUGCCAGCCCCGUCCUCUCAAUGCCCAGCGCGCACGAGCUCUGCAAGAAGCUCAACUCGAGGCGGCAUCAACAGCAACCCGGCGUCAAGAAGAGGAGAAUCAAAAGGCACGAAAGCGCCGCAGGAGAAAAGAUCGGGAUCUUGGUGAAACAGGCAGCGACUCUAGGGCUGCUUCAAGCCCUCUCCCCCGACGCAACGAGCCUGAUGCCGGGAUGGUUUUUUUUCCAAGCGAGAGCGCACCGAUCCGAAAGCGCAGACGCCAGGUCCCCUCAGCUCCGAUUUUGAUGUCUACAGACAUCUUAGAGAAGGAACCCCCAAGCAAGAAGCCUCCCGGUAGCGAGCAUCAAGAGCUAUGA